AUGAUCGACGAACUUAGGAGUGCAAGCAACCGACUUCGAGCAGCACUCGAUCACUACGUCCGUAUCUGUUCCCAAGUCCAAGACGUCUGUUUACAAGGGCUUGACCCAGAAAACGUGACCUCUGACUAUAUUGAGCAAGUCGACCGGGAACUAGGUCUUAUUGAGUCCUAUGACGUGAAAAUGCAGCUUGCCAAAACGGCAAUCAAGGUCACCCGUAAUUACGCGCUCGACGCCGUUCCUAUCAACCGUUUCCCGAUUGAACUUCUUGGGCGCAUAUUCGAAAUGGCUCGCGACGUCGAGCCCCGUUGCAUAGACGAAGUGGUUCUCGUUUGUUCCCGGUGGCGCAAUAUUGCUCUCGCUAUUCCUUCACUUUGGACCCGCAUCGAUCUACACCCCUCGUUAUGUAAAUCGUUUUACCCUUCGCUCAACCGCGCUCAAUCACAUAUCUCCCGCUCGAGUACGCUACCGCUAGAUAUUCACAUUUCGGCCUUGCCGGAACCGAGUCCGAAUGGCUUAUGUACAACGGAGGGAUACCAUGAAAACUCGAUGGUGGGCUUAUGCGCAGUUGCUGCACCCCGUGUGGGAUCUUUGGAGCUCAACUUGCAGGAAUUCAACCUCAACGAUUUGUCGAAUGCAAAUUAUCCCGCAAUCGCUAGCCUCUUUUUGAAGUGCAGCCCUGGUUCGUUCACUAAGAUCGUUACUUCUUGCGGAUUUUUUGGAUUUUUUGUCCCGGAUCGCGAGCAGACGAACGCCGGAAUGUGGACAAUGAAACUACCGGUAGAGCAUGCCCAUCUUGAAACUGUAUUGGCCUCUGUAAACGUAUUGGACCUGACUGGGCUCUAUCCCCCUUGGACAAGUCGGGCGUACCAUGACCUUGUCGAGCUGCGGUUAACUGGCUCAUCUGUAGGUCAGAGUUCGAUCCCCGAGUGGCAGCUCAUCAACAUUCUCAAGUCCAGUCCCAAACUCCGUGUUUUGUUGAGUAACAUAAAUGUUACUUCUCGAAUAGCAGAAUAUUUGGAUGUCUCCGUAUCCCUUCCCGAUCUUGAGAUGUUACAAGUUGAUGCUGAGCCGGUUCAGGAGAACAAGUUUGGGCACCUUGAAUUAGUCAGGUUUAUUGUGCCCGGCCCCCGGCCACUGAACUUGGUCUUGCAGUGUGCCGACAUGCAGCUCUCAGAAUCGUCCUGGGAACACACUAAGGCGUUUCUUGAGCGCGCAAACGUAGAGAAGCUUUAUUUGGACUCGGUCCGUCAUCCUCUUAGCAUACUCCCCUCAACCCCUCACCUCAAGACCUUGAUUUUGGCACAUUGCAUGUCUUUCCCCUUGGACCAGCCAGAACCUGUUGAAACUUCUGGCCAACAAGACGCUGACUCAACUAUUAGACAGCCCAUUGUCGUUGAACGAAUUCAAGCCUUUAGCCCAGCAUUGCAGAGUCCGCUCUCUGAGAGUUUAUCGAAACCGCUUUUAUAG